AAUUAUUAAAAUAUGCGCGUCAAUCAGCGGCUGUCGGAAAAAGAGAAAUACCAGGAGCGCAUCUCGUUCCAUCCAAUGGAACAAAGAGAUCCCGCCCUCCCCGCAGAGCCUCGACCAAUCAGAGCGACGCUUCCUCCAUUUCCUGUUGUGCUCUCAGGAGUCGGACGAAGCGUUCCUCAGGAAUGGGAAUUAAACCCAUGGAGCCGGAAUAUACGCAUGAAUGACUCCGCUCUUCGUCUCCAUGAGGUGCUGCUCAUGACGAAGCUGCGUCUCGCGGGUACCGGAGAUGCGCCCGAUGUCACGUCGCGUGUGUUGAUAUUCCCUUGACAACCGCGGAUCGGACACCUAUAUCCAGGGGCCACCAUGCCCAUCACGCUGCUGUGGGCCGUGGAUGUGUACGGCAGGGUGUACAGCCUCUCCACAGCUGGCCAGCGCUGGGUGCGUGCAGAUGACACGCUUCUGGAGCUUAAGCGCGUCACAGCGGGGAAGGGCCGCUGCUGGGGCAUCGGCUGCGACCACCACGUUUACCUCAACAUGAUGCCCAGUGAGACCUCCAUUCGCUACCGGGAGGAGACGUAUGAAAACCAGAGGUGGAACCCGGUGGACAGCUUCACUGACACACUGCUGCCCACCGACCGCUGGCCUUGGAGCGACGUGACCGGGAUGAACCCCCAACCGCUCCACGGCUUUGAGCUGCCAUCCCGCAGCUGGGAAUGGGAGGGAGACUGGUACGUGGAUCAGAGCUGUGGAGAACCCAGCCAGACUGGGGGCUGGGAGUACGCGGUCGACUUCCCCGCCAACUUCUCCCCGGAUAAGAAGUGGAACUCUUGCGUUCGCCGCAGGCGGUGGAUCCGCUACAGGAGAUACACGGCACAGGGCACCUGGGCAAAGAUCCCCCUGGACAAUCCCAGGAAGCCGCUGCUGCCGCUCUGUGACAUAAGCUGCGGUGGUUGGGAGAUGAGUGACCAGUCUGGAAGGUAUCCCUACCUGUGGGGCGUGUCCCAACAAGGGGAGGUGUGGUUCAGGGAGGGGAUCCAUCCCCGGGUCCCCGAGGGUUCUGGGUGGGAGGAAGUAGAAGCGCCCAAGGAGGUGGCUCAGUUAUCGGCCGGCCCCGGGGACCUCCUGUGGGCCUUACUGUGGGAUGGGAACCUGCUGGUCCGUACCGGCCUCAGCCUGGACUGCCCGACUGGCACAUCGUGGGUGGAGCUGGAAUCCCCAGGAAAGGAGAUCGAGGCGCUCCAUGUGGCGGUUGGAGUUAGUGUGGUCUGGGUGGUCACUAAGGACUACAAGGUGUGGUUCAGGCGGGGCGUGAACUCCCACAACCCCUGUGGGUCCGGUUGGAUCAGCAUCGGAGGGGAGAUGAUGGUGGUGGACGUAGGACUCAAUGAGCAGGUGUGGGCGGUGGGCGAGGACCGAGGCCUGUAUUUCAGAAUGGGGGUCACGCCUUCUGAACCCAGCGGCAGCGGCUGGAUUCCCGUUUCCGCCCAAUGGAGGAACAGCAAAGAGGUCAUCCCACCCGGGAAGGAGUGUGAGUUUGGUGAUCGGCGGGCCGAGGCCUCGAAAAGCUCCCUCCUGAGCUGCACCGACUCCGACUCCGAGUCGGGUCCCGCCGACGCACAAAACGGCCCCGAAGACCUCCCGGUCCUCGGGGCAGCAGCCUCGUCGGUUGUCCCUCUGGGAGGAAACGACUCACCCACACCCCCCCCAAAGAUGGAGAAUCCUCCCUCGGCCCUACAGCAGGACGCCCCCAAACCGUUUAUCCCGGCGAGCGACAGCUUCAUCAACAGCCUGGUGUCGGACCGCGACAAGACCUCCACCCCCCAGCCCCCCGUCGCGGAGGCCCCGCGGGAGGAAGUCCAGGAGCUGUCCCCGGCGCCGAUCCUUCCGACCCCCGAGGCCGCGGGGCACGACGUCCCCUGGAUGAACGUGGACUUGGAGGGGGCGGAGGCGGCGCGAUGUGCGCGGGCGGCGGGGGGGCCGCCGCCGGGCGCCGCGGGGGCCCUGGAGACCGCUCGCGGCGUCGGGGAAGAGGACGCGCCGGUGUGGAGCUGGAUCUCGGGGGGGGGCUGCGACGUGGACGCGUGUUCACAGAUCAGCUGGCUGAGUCCCACAGGUCCCCUCAGCAGCUCCCUGUCGCUGACGGCGGUGCAGUCGGCGGCGUGGAGCGAGCAGCCGCGGCAGCAGGAGGGCCGAGGGGAGAUCAGCAAGAAGCCGCUGGAGAGAAGCCACUCGGUGUGGGUGCGUAAAGGCGCGCUGCGCUGGUGGAGGGACGGGAAGCCUCAGCGCUGGGUGGACGUGGCCGUCGCCCUGGAGCAGUCCACCAAGUCCGGCGGGACGAAGGACAGCAUCUUCUUCGUCUACUACACACAGUACGACGAGAAAAAGUACCUUGAUGUGAUCAUACGUGACGUCACAGCGCUGGUUCCGGUGUCCGCGGACUGCCACUAUGCCUUUGCCGUCUACACCGCGCAAAGGACCCAACAGAGAUGGCCCCUGGUUCUGGCAGCACAAACCCAAACGGACAUGAAUGAUUGGUUGAGCCUGUUGUCCGACUGCUGCUGCGAGUGUCGAGGGAUCAGUGGACCCCCGUCCAGACAGGCCCUGUGGUCCACAACCUCCAAGGGAGACAUCAUGGUCCACGAGCCGUCCUUCUCUCUGGAAGCUGCCGCGCACACGCUGGCCUGCGACCUCAUGUUCUGGCGGCAGGUCCCGGGCCACCUGCGCUGUGUAGAGUCUAACAGUCUGGGGCUGGUGUGGGGCAUCGGGUGGGACGGCACCGCCUGGGUCUACAGCGGGCAACAGCCCACCCUGGAAGAGGCCGUCGAGAGGCACCAGCAGACUGACGUGAGGAGUGUCCAUGUGUAUGAGAAUCAGAGGUGGAACCCGAUGACAGGAUACACAGACAAAGGACUUCCUACUGACCGCCCGAUGUGGAGCGACGAGGGCGGGCUGAAGGAAUGCACCAAAGGAAACACACACCCGCCCUCCCCGCAGUGGUCCUGGGUGUCCGAGUGGGCCGUGGACUACAGCGUCCCGGGUGGGACGGACCAAGAGGGCUGGCAGUACGCGGCGGACUUCCCCACGACGUUCCACGGCCACAAAGCCAUGAAAGACUUUGUCAGGCGCAGGCGAUGGACGAGGAAGUGCACGAUCGCGUUGAGGGCUCCAUGGCAACAGGUCCCACCCAUCUGUCUGAGUGACAUCUCUCUGAUGCCAUGCCUGGCCCAGAGCAGCAUGGAGCAGGUCCCCGUCUGGGCCCUCAGCGACAAGGGGGAGGUGUUGUGCCGCCUGGGCGUCACACCCCGAAACGCCGCGGGCAGCUCCUGGCUGCACGUGGGCACGGACCAGCCCUUCAAGUCCAUCUCCAUCGGCGGAGCGAACCAGGUGUGGGCCAUCGCCAGGGACGGGGAGGUGUUCUACAGGGGCUCCGUGUGCCCGCAGAACCCCGCGGGAGAAUGCUGGUACCACAUCCCGUCCCCCCCCAGGCAGACGCUCAGACAGCUGUCGGUGGGGAGGACCUCGGUCUUUGCUGUGGAUGACAACAGUAACUUAUGGUUCAGACAGGGCCUCACCCCCAGCUACCCGCAGGGCUCAGCCUGGGAGCUCACUUCUAACAACGUCACCAAGGUCUCCGUGGGACCGCUGGACCAGGUGUGGAUCAUAGCAGAGGGAGUUCCAGGCUUCCCGGCUGAGACUCCUGGAGCUGUCUGCCACAGGCUGGGGGUGGGACCCAUGCAGCCCAGGGGACAGUCCUGGGACUACGGCAUCGGGGGAGGAUGGGAGCACAUCAGCGUGAGGGGGAACUCGGCAGAGGCUCCCCGCGGCCCCCAUCCCGCCCACGUCGGAGCCCCGCGCAGCCCGGUGCCCCCGCGGCCCCCCGCGCAGGUGAACGGCAGCGCUGUGGGCGUGUAGCUUGUGGAGCUUCGUGUGAUGGGGAUGCACAACAAUCACCACCACCCCCCGGAUCCAUGAAUGAAUGUUACUACCCGGCUCGUUUUGUAGGUGUCGAGAUGGGAAAAGGGAGCACAAGAGCAUUUAAGGGACCUUGAUGUGUUGUGGGGAGAAAAAGCAAAAGUUAGUGUUUGGCUGUUGGGAUCCAGCAAUAGCUUCUAUUGGUCCAGACGGUAUGCUGUGAAAACCUGAGGGGGGGUGGGGGGGAGAAUAAGAGAGACUCUUUUCGAUAAAGGGCUAAGGCUUGACUACCGAACUAACACACAAUCCCACCAACGUCUAAAUGAUCGUGGUUACUAGAAUCUUUUGUUUUGGGCCUGUUACAUAUUUGCACGUGCUUUGAUUUAUUUAUUUAUUUAUUUAUUCAUUCAUUAACUAUGCAUUUGUUGAAUUUUAUUUAUUUGCAAUGGAGUUUUUUGUUUUUGCCCAUAUUGCUACUUCAAACCUCUUCAAAAAGACCUCAUACUUCCCGACGCGUUCUGAAGUAGGAGCGACUGCAGAGUCGCACGGAACCUUCCGUCUACAUUAAGACGCCCCUCCAUCCUACUGCAGUAUGUGAGCGUUUCAUCCAUCUACAUCACUGCGACUGUUGCUCAUUUCAGCUCCGGAUGUCCCCACGCAUCCGUUCACCUUACAAGGGCCCUGAAAUGUGAAAUAAAAGUCAAAGUAUUGAUUUAUGUUUGGACAUCAUUUCAGUCGGGAAAAGCAAGGAGUAACAUCAACGAGAUGUGAGUGAAGUACACAGAGGAAUGCCCAAAACAGUGCAGAUUAGAAGUUCAUUUGCAUUUAUUUUCAUAAUAAACAAUGUAAUUAGAAACAUUUCAUUCAAUUACACUAAGCAUGAUAAAUAGGAAGUAAAAAUAUUUUUUUUAAAUCUACAAGUUUAAAGGACAGAAUGAAUUCACAUCUGCUUUAGUCUUAAUUUAACCGCAUUUAGCCGACGACCUUGAUAUGUUCCUCUGAUCAACUCAUCUUUAAGUUAUACGAAACCUCAUACUUUUAACCCAAGUUAACAUUUCCCAUUUACAGACAUUGUUUUAUUUUACAUUUACAUACAUCAGUACAGUUCAACAUUAAGUUACGUCUCUCAAAAGUGCAAGAUUAAGCCAAUGUAUACCAUCGUCAAAUAGAGGAAUUCCUUAAAUGAAUGUUCAAGUUUAA